AUGUCUGAACAGUCCAUGAGACAGCGUUUUCUCAGUCUUCCAGCUGAACAGAAGUUAAAAUUAGACAGAGUGCCUUCUCCUCACUCACAUUUAACACCUGUUCCAAGUUUACCUUCAAUUGCGAUUCUUGAAAUCAAUGAUACUUCAGUGACUGUCACAGCUGAUGAUCUAGAGGAUACAGGUGUUUUAGGUGAAGGAUUUUUUGGACGUGUUUUUAAAAUGCGUUUAAAAUCCACGAAAGAUUCAUUUGCAGUUAAAAAGAUACCAUUUUGCAAUUUGGAUCCGCAUAAUCCUGAUAUGAUAGCAGAUUUAGAAAUUGGCAAACUACAUCCGCAUCCAUUUUUAUUACGAUCGUAUUGUGCUUUCACUCAUGGAGAUGCUGUUUGGAUUCUAUUAGAACUCAUGGAUAUUUCACUUGACGUACUUCUAAAUAAAGUAAGAGCAUGCAAUCAAUACAUUCCGGAAAAUGUCCUUCAGCAUAUAACUUUUUCCAUCGUGUCAGCAUUGUAUCACUUACGGUAUAAUAUGAAUAUGCUUCAUCGAGAUAUUAAACCAGCCAAUAUGUUGGCUAACAAAAAUGGUCAAGUAAAGUUAGGCGACUUCGGUACCGCCGUUACCCUCUCGAAUUGUGAAUCUUUGGCUGACGUUGGAUCAUGGCGUUACUUAGCUCCGGAACGUGUAAGCUGUGGAUCGGCUAAAAGUUGCGGAGUGAAAUCUGAUGUCUGGUCUUUGGGCUUAAGCAUUUAUGAGCUGGCUACUGGCACAAACCCAUAUGAACCCCCGAGGGAUCCUGUAGAUGCAUUCAAUCAGAUUGUAAAUCGUGAUCCUCCAAGUCUUUCUGGUGAUUUACCGUAUUCCAAUCAUGUACGAGACUUUUUAAACAUGUGUCUUAUUAAAGAAGUUGGUGAACGUGCAGAUUACAAUGAUUUAUUAGUAUCAGAUUUCAUUCGAUCAGUUGAUGUUGAGCGUUGUAUGGUUACAACUGCACAAUUUUUAGCCAAUUAUAUUUCAUAA